AUGCGGGCAGCUAUUAAAUAUCUACCACCUCUUCUACGGGCUGAUGAAUCUGGUCCGGUCGUUGUGGCUUAUCAUGAGAUUGCGAUCUUCUGCCUCAUGGUCAUCAUUAUGGCUGUCAAUUCGGCUGGUAUCAAGGCUUUCGUUUACCUACGAAAGCAGUAUAGCAAGCAGGAAACGUGCGCCACUGAUGGGGAUCGGAAUGCUAUCGCCGUCAAACCU